AUGGGGAUGGCGGAAGGAACUGGGGGGAGGGGGAAGGGUGUUGACAGAGAACCCCACGAUCUUGUUCCUUAUCCUCUUCGACGACCCUCACCCUCGACCUCGAGCCCUCACCCUUCUCUUUUGAUUUCGAACCCCAUCAGCCUCACGUCUUCGAUUGGACUUCAAGAGCCUCACCCUCAGUCCCUCAAAGCCUCCCUCUAUGGCGACGGCUCCGUGUCAACCUCACACUCACGUCCUCCCUCUCUUUUAAGACCCUCACCCUCGACCUCAAGCCUUCUCCCUUCUCUUUUGAUUUCAAACCCCAACAUCAGCCUCACGUCUUUGAUUGGACUUCAAGCCUCACCCUCAGUCACUCAUUGCCUCCCUCUGUGGCGGUGGCUUCGCGUCAGCCUCACCCUCACGGCCUCCCUUCACGGCUCCGCGUCAUCUUCAUCCUCCCCUUCACGCCAAACACUUAUCUCCGAGACUGUGCGUCUUUGUGCCAACACUUAUCUCAUUUCCCACACUGAUUUAAUAGAGUACAAGGAACAAGUUGCUAGUGAUAUUGGAAAGUCUCAACUUGAUACUUAUUUGGAAGAAGCGGCAUUGAACUUGCAUCUUACAACACAUAUGGAUGUACUUGAUUGGUGCGAAACUAAUAGUCCAAGAUUUCCACAUCUUUCUAUUAUGUCUUGUGACUUGCUGAGCAUACCAGUUACAACUGUUGCAUCUGAAUCUGUGUUUAGCAUUGGAUCUCACAUUCUCAACAAGUAUGGAAAUCUCCUCUCAUCGAAUUGUGUGGAAGCAAUUAUUUGUACUCGCAAUUGGAAGCAUGGCUUCAAUGAGGAUGAUGAUGAUUUGUUUGAUGAAGAUUCAAUUGUGAAGACAACUUCUUCCAAGGGUGCAUCCAAUGUUGUUGAUGUGGAAGAGAAUGAUAAUGAAUGAGUAGUUUGUAGGACUUUAAGUAUUUUAACGAUUAUGUUUAUGGACAAUUAUCUUUGUGUUGUUAACUUUGUGUUUGUGUUGUUAAAUUUGUAUUAUGUUUGUGGACAAUUACUGUGGACAUUGAGUUUGAUGCUUGAAUGUUAGUUUAUGGACAAUUAGUGUGGAUAUUGAGUUU